AUCGGUGUUCAGUAUUCUUUGUGUGCCGGCUCACAGUUGAUGUAGUUUUGUCCAUUUAACGAUAGCUUAAGCAAAAGUGUAUGUCUCCAAGCAAAGCGAUUUAUUUGUGUGUAAUUUGUGAUAUAGUUACGGUUCCGAGGCAAUGGAAUUCUUCAUCAAAAAGCGAGAUAAUUGCCGCAUCAACGAGGUGACGAAAAUUCUGAAACCGGUGAAAUUCGUUCCGAAUCGGUACGGUGAUCGUUUCAUUCCCCGACGUUAUGCCCAAACCAGUUCCAGUCGUUUCAAGGCGGAAUGCAAAACCGAUCGGAAAACCGAUGUGAUGCGUAUGAAGGAACGGAAAGGCUACUGGAAGUCCCACUCCUUUGCGGCGAUCUUCAACGACAUGUUCAACCUAAAUCCGGACACGGAUAAGAUUCUUAACUUUCGAGACGCCACCAAUCAGGAGAUUUGCAAAAAACUAAAGAUUAGACAACCGUUUGAAACUUUUAUGGAGCCGACGUACAAAAAUGUGCACAAGUUGGACUGGAGCUGUAGACCCCGUUCGAAACCCCUCUCCUUCAUCGAGUCGGUGCACGAUCUGCCGCGAAUCAAGGUAGAGUACACGAACAUUAUCGACUGGUCGGCCAAAGGUCAGAUCGCAGCGAUCUUCAGCAAGAAGCUUGUUAUUUGGACCCCAAACACCGAGGAAACGAUCGCCUACUGUGCUCUACAUACGACCGGUAUUGCGUUCAACCCAACGGGGGACACAUUGGCUAUGGCAACCUUUUCCCUGUCGAGACCCGUUUUGCGGCUGAUCAGCAGGUUUCAUCCGAACCUCAAGGCCAAUGUUUCGAAGCUGAAAAUCUUUGAAUACAUCGAUUGUGAUAUCAGCUGUUUGACCUGGGACUGCACCGGGCAAUUUAUCGCCUGCGGUCUCGGUAAUGGGCAGAUUGCAAUCGUGCGUGCAAAGGACUUCGCGCACAUGAAUCGCCAUACUGUCCAUGAUAGGCACAGCGCACGAGUGUUGGUGAUCAGGUUCUCGCAAACAUCCAAAUAUCUGGCCUCUUCGGACGAGUCCGGCUACUUGUACAUCUGGAGCUGGAACAACUACCAGCUGAGUAUGCUGACAGUCUGGGUCAGCAGCGACGACGCUGUCCUCUUUGACUGGCACCCGUGGCGCGAAGAAGAGAUCAUUAUCGCUGAUACGGAACCCGUUACGAUCGCCCUGUUUCACGUUCCCAGUCGCAAGGUGCUCUCCUUCCACCGUCGGCCCAACGUCGACUGCUUCAUUACGGCCCUGGCAUUCAACAAAGUUUCCGGCGAGCUCGUGGUUUCCUACUCGUAUCCUGGUGGCAAACUACCAGAUAUAGUAGUACUAGCUUCAAUGGACCGCGUGGUGGACGUCAUGGAGAAUCACGAAGAUUUGGUAGGACAUCUUCUGUGGAGUCCGGAUGGUAAACAACUAGCAAGCGCCGGCUACGACGAAGCGCUGACCAUUUGGAAUUUCUUCGGAAGCUCACCGACCAACAAAAAGGUGAACCCACGACCCACUACGGCCAGCCAUCAGCAGCGAAACCGUAUCAAGGAACCGAUGGGCGGCUUUGAUUAUGCCUUUCUCUACAAACCGAUCCGUUAGAGUGGCGGCGAAACAAUCCAUCGCAACAGCACUCACAUCGCUACAAAAAUAAAACUAAAAAUCGCGGAGAGAAGAAAAGCCAGCGAAACCUCACAACAACUUUGCAAGGUGCAGUCGGUUGGGCCUCCGCAGUUGUUUGUUUUUCUAUGAGAUAUGACAUGUUACAUGCUGCAACCCGCCCAGAAGCACCCCGAGCGGUCACAAGCAGAGGCUACCAGAAACAGCAACUACUACUUACUUAUGCCUCCGCUGCAACCGAGAGCCUGGAUGUCGUCGCCCCGUUUUCUCUGUGAGCAUUGAUGUUGAUUGCCGAUAUUUGCAGCAUCCCUCCCGGUUUACCAGGCUGGGAUGCAAAGCACAGGGGAAGGUAAUUAAAUAAAAAAAAUAUAUAUAAAUUCUAAUUGUUAGCCACCCACGCGCGAAAGUUCGAGGAGAUAUUGCACCUCGCUUCCCGGGACUGACAAGUUUUAUAGGUUUCAGACAGUUUUCGCUUUUCCUCGCCGGAGCCGGCUUCGGCAGUAGGAAGGCAACAGAAGAGGUUAAUUUACAUACAAAUGAUAUAAAGGUUGAAUAUUUACAUAAA